UGAGGAGAUCGAGAACCCCUAAGGGGAGAGGGAGAGGGAUAAGGAGUAGGGGGGCGACGGCGGCCGUGGUGACGGAAAUGGAGGGUGAUUUUCCCGCUGGUGAUCUCAGCUUCCAGCUCGGGCACGUGACCUUUCCUCCCUUUCAGGGAUUCUCUUCCGCCUCCACCGGCUCACCUUUCCCCUUCGAGAAACUUCUGGAGGGGGAGGGGGAUGGCGACGACGCACCUCCCGUCGGUGCCGAGGAGGGAGGGGAAGAUAAGGACUGCAUCCUCAGCCAAGAUUUCUUCUGUACUCCAGAUUAUAUCACACCGGAUUGCCAACAGAUUGAUAAUGGGUUCGAGGUCGAUAAGGAGAACAUUCCUUGUCCAAACUCGCCGGAGAAGACAACAAAUGGCAGGAACAAGAGGCACAAAAGUGGGUGCUCUCCAAGUAAAUACCUCUCCACCAUCUUUCCAUGCCAUCAACAGGUUGCGGAGGUUCAGUUGGAUGAUUGUGACUCUGAUCAAAUUGUGGAAGGCAAGUCAGUUCAAAUUGGGCCGCAAAAGAGAAGAAAUUAUGUUUCUAAGUCUGCAGUUGCAUUGCGUUGUCGAAUUACACCUCCUCUCUGCUUUAGGAAUCCAUAUAUAAAAACAGUUGCAUCAGAGGUUCAAGGUAUCUUUGAUGACAGAAGAUUUAAAUCCACAGUCUUUCCUUCCAUUGGUGGAGUUGGCCUUUCACGAUAUCACACUGAUUUCCAUGAAAUUGAGCAAAUUGGAUGCGGAAAUUUUAGCCGUGUGUUCAAAGUUCUGAAAAGACUAGAUGGUUGUUUGUAUGCAGUGAAACAAAUCAUCAGACAAUUGCGUCAUGACAUUGAAAGAAGGUAUGCCUUGAUGGAAGUUCAAACUCUUGCAGCCUUAGGAUCACAUGAAAAUAUAGUUGGAUAUUACACAUCUUGGUUUGAAAACGAGCAACUCUAUAUUCAGAUGGAACUUUGUGAUCGAAGCCUUUCCAUAAGUAAAGGUCAGACUUUAAAGGGUGGAGAAGCCUUCAAAAUUAUAUAUCAGAUUUCCAAAUCAUUGCACUUUAUGCAUGAACGAGGAAUAGCCCACCUGGAUGUGAAGCCCGAAAAUAUUUAUGUGAAAGAUGGUGUUUAUAAGCUAGGAGACUUUGGUUGUGCAACACUUACAGACAAGAGUUUACCGAUCGAAGAAGGUGAUGUACGUUACAUGCCUCAAGAGAUGUUAAACGACAAGUAUGAGUAUCUUGAUAAGGUUGAUAUUUUCUCCUUGGGAGCAUCUGUCUAUGAGCUUGUGAAGGGUUCCCGUUUGCCUGAUUCUGGUCCUCAGUUCUCAAACCUCAGAGAGGGCAAAAUUCAAUUGCUACCUGGGUACACUGUGCAGCUUCAAAAUUUACUCAAGGCUAUGAUGGAUCCUGACCCUAUAAAGCGGCCAUCUGCAAAAGAACUAAUGGAGCAUCCUACAUUUGAGAAAUCAGGAGGAUUCUCCUGCAAGCAGCCUCAUCGUCAAUUAACUAAACUUUGAUAGUGAUCGAGUUGAAAGCUGGAGAUGGAUUUUGUGUCGAACUGGAAAUGCUUUUGGUGGGCCACGAUAUGCACAAUUUGUGCAUCUCUUUCUGUACCAUACAAAGAAAAUGUGAUGCCCAACUUUUUUGUAAAGAUGUUAUGAAGCACACGCUUUUUUUGUCAUAUGAACACAACAUUCUUGUAUCCUUCAAAGGGUGCUAAAAAGACAUUGUC